GCAGCAGGCGCGCGGGCGGCCACUGCGGAGCUCAGGGUCGCCGCCGCCCGCCGCGCAUCGGCCUCCUCCAGUCCCGUGGGGCCCGCUUUGUGGACCCCCGCCAGGCCGUCGGCACCAUGCACACGCCGGGUUCUGCGGGCCCGGGCGACGCGCGCGCGGUGGAGAUCAUGGACAUAUGCGAGUCCAUCCUGGAGAGGAAGCGACAUGACAGCGAAAGAUCUACCUGCAGCAUCUUGGAGCACACCGAUAUCGAGGCUGUUGAGGCCCUUGUUUGCAUGAGCUCCUGGGGUCAAAGAGCCCAAAAAAGUGACCUCUUAAAGAUACGACCCCUUACUCCUGUCUCUGACUCUGGAGAUGUCUCCACCAGUGUGCACAUGGAUGCAGCAGGAGCUGAGCUACCAAAGGACUUUCAUUCUCUAUCGACUCUGUGCAUGACGCCUCCUCAGAGCCCUGACCUCAUGGAUCCAUCGAUGGGGACACUUGUAACUUCCCAGAUAACUGAUUCCAAAGCACACUUGGUCGGAGCCAUGCCUGCAGCCCCCACUGGGCCAUCUAAAGUGCUGAGUGAGAGGGCAGAGAAAGACCUACCUGGUAUGAAGCCAGAGCCAGCGCUGGACCCCGCCUACAGGGCCAUGAUGACAAGUGUCAUCUGCCACACUGGGGGUAGUCCUACUCCUGCCCAGGCUCAAGAACAUGGACUGUCAGACAAUGGAGAAGGGAAAGCACAGUUUCUGGGACCUAUGGGCGCUCAUCAGGACACACGCCUCAUGGACAGUGCACUCACUGCUAACUUGGUGACCUGUCAGCCUUGUUUGCACAAGUCUGGUGGCCUGGUCCCUGCUGAUAAAGGCCACCAAGCAGGGUGGCCUCUUUCAGUAAAAAUCUGUUCACCAAAGAAUUAUGAAAGUGACUUGCCCAAGAAGGCCACUCCUCUGAUACCUGCCCCUGUUCCAAAUCCUCCUGUCCUUUGCCAAAUGAUCCCUGUGACUGGACAAAAUGGCAUGUUAUCAGCUGUUUUGAAGGCUCCCUCCCAAGUGUCUGCAGGGACUGUCAAACCUAUCCUGCCCCAGGCUGCUCCGGCACCCCAGCCUGUGUUCGUGGGCCCCUCUGUGCCUCAGGGAACAGUGAUGCUUGUUCUGUCCCAGGGAGCCCUCCCCCAGCCUGCCACCUGCCCGUCUACUGUAAUGGCCGUUGGUAACACCAAGUUUUUACCCCUUGCCCCUGCGCCAGUGUUGAUUGCCUCCAGUCAAAACUGUGCCCCUCAAGUAGACUUUUCCAGAAGAAGGAAUUAUGUUUGCAACUUCCCAGGCUGUCGGAAAACAUACUUCAAAAGUUCUCACCUCAAGGCUCAUCUUCGAACUCACACAGGAGAGAAGCCUUUUAGCUGCAGCUGGGAUGGCUGUGAUAAAAAAUUUGCGCGCUCAGAUGAGCUGUCUCGCCACCGGCGCACUCACACAGGAGAGAAGAAGUUCGUAUGCCCCGUGUGUGGCCGGCGUUUCAUGCGCAGCGACCACCUUACAAAGCAUGCCCGGCGUCACAUGACUGCCAAGAAGAUCCCUGGAUGGCAGGCAGAGGUUGGCAAGCUGAACAGAAUUGCCUCAGCGGAGAAGCCGGGCAGCCCGGCAGCCUCUUCCUGAAAGGUGGGCCAGGUAGCUUUAAGCUGCUUGGUUUGGAAACAGACUGAUGUUCUUCCCAAAAAAGUUCUUGGAGGCUAAGGGAAAGAGGGGAGCUGGUUCUGAUAAAAGGAUGCUAACUCUUUCUUUUUGGUUGGGACCCUGUUCAAUAAUUUUUAUUGUUUAAGAAGUUAUGUUGGGUUUUGUGUUUUUCAGGUUUGUUUCUUUUUUUUUAAGAAAGUGGGGGGAAAUUGAUCAUCUAAAUCACCAGCAUUCAAAUAACC